UCACGUGUUUGCUUUGUGACAAUUCCAAAGCCACCCGCCAUCAUCGUGCCUCCUGCCAGUACUAGUGUGCCCGUCGUAGAUGGCUAGCGGCUGCCGACACACCCGCCAAUCUACUCACCACAUGCAGUUAGCAUGCUAUGUUCGUGCUUCUCCGCACCAAAACCAGUCAAAAUUAUGAUCGUCAAUCCACUGUCCCAACACUUGUGCUUCCUCAACGUGUCUUGAUUCUGCUACCAGUGUCUGCCGCACCUUCGUUGCUGUGUUUUCUGCUUCCCAUUUUCGAUCUCCUCCGCUGUCUACUCUCAACAUGUUUUCGAUCUGCUCUGCUGUCUACAUCCUUUCUGCUUGGCUCUCGAUGUUUGCGAUCCGCUCUCAGGCUGUCGUCUAUUUCGUUUAUGCUCGGCUCUCAACGUACUUUCGAGGUAUACUCCACCUGUUUCGCAUCGGUUUCACUAUUUUUCAGCUGCUUUCGUAUACCGAUUGUAUUCCGCAUAAUACCUACUAAGCAAUCAAAGCAUAUUUGACACUAUUU